AUGGCGUCGAUGACCAAAUGGAUUGGGAUUUUAUUUAUUCUACUAACAUUUUUGCCAGGUUUGUGUUGAAACUAAGUAUUGUCGUAUUCUGUAGCCAGAACAACUGGAUCGCCUUGCAUAUAUUCCUUCUCAAACAUACGGUAGGCAAAAGGAUAAAAAAUGCAUUUUAAGACGGUUUUGGGAAAGAACAUCUCUCGGAUUUUCUAAGUCAUGCGAGGAACAAAACUAAUUGGCUAUAAGGGCAACGAUGUCACGUACGCAUCAAUACCUCUGUUAAAACAUGGCGGAUUUGUUAAACUUACUACAAUGGUACCUGCAUUAUUUUAUACCAGAAAAUUCAAAAACUUAAAAUUUCUUCUAUUUCUAUGGUUUUUAGAGUUGUUUUAAUUAUGUUACCAUUAUGAUAAUAAACACUUAAAUCUUACUGUAAACACAAAGGGUAAACAUCAUUCGUUAAACACUUUUCAAACUAAGACAAGGAAAUCGUAAGUUAACACCGUCAGCGAUAUUACAGUUGAUAUAAAAAAAGAAUCAACCGUAAAGUGUGUUUAUGUCAGAAGUGGUAGCUUUCUUGCCUUUUUAAAUUAGACGGAAUAAAACAUUGGACGGGACCAUCCUUGAAAGUAUUGCAUUGUAGUUCCCUUUGCGCUUCGGAUCCUAAGCGACCACUAUCGGCUUACUACAAUGUAGUUUUGCAUACCUAGAUAUACCUAAUGAACCAUUUUCUUUAAACUUUCCAGUGAACAUCCUGGCCAUCAAUACCACUGACACAAGUAAAACGCUCCAUGGUCCCAAUAUUACGAUCAGCAAAUCUCGCAAAAGGCAGGAGAUAAUAUUCUUAAGAGAUGACUUUGCACAUAAAAGAAAUAGGGAAGGUGAGACAGUUGCAAACAUAGAGAAACAUGGAAAAAGUUUAUCUGCAGAAGGAAAGGUUUUUCAUGGGGAACCCAACCCAAGUAACCCUGAGGACAUGUCGGAAUAUCGAGAAUCUGAACUCAAGGAGCAAACUGUGAGCAAAGCCAAAGGACCACCUGAAAUACAAGAAAAUGAGAAAAAGAGUGAUGCCUACGAAGUUGUAUCCGAUACUGGUGACGACGAUCAUGCAAUGCAUGCACCUUUUUCACGUGAAGACGGAAUGGUUAGGAUAGCAAAAGUGAGUCGUCAUAGAGGGCGCCAUACUUUUAGAAUACAUGCGAAUGAUGGUUUGGGUAGAAUACAUAGCCACCACAGAUCAGGACUGCACGUUGUUUCACUUGAUGGGGACGAUACAAGUGAAAACGAAUUGAACGACAAGGACACGCAACUCUACGGUUCCAUUGGAUCGCCGCUUUCAAGCUCUAGCCCUAGGACACCGAGAUUGCAUUUCCGACCUCUAAGACACGGUUCUUAUUAUAGGAACGCAGUAAAUGAUUAUCCACCAAAUGUGAUAUCGAUCUCUCAAGAUGCUUUAAAUGGCGGUCUAUCUAGAGCAGAUGAAGGACAAAUGAGGGAUGAAAUGUUUCCAAUUUUUAGAAGGCGUGAUCCUCUCUCGCUCGCUCAGUCAUCCCAAUUAACACAGCCAGAAGAACUCAUGCAACCUUUUCGUCCCUUAAACCCUAAAUCGGUUUCGGUUGGUGGACGACCAGAUACGUUUCUCUUUCCACUGUUUACUGGUCGAUCAGAUUACGAGCCUGCCCUUGUUCCAAUGACAGCUCAAAAUUCCUUUCCUGUGUCCAGUCCUAUAGAGUAUUUCUCACCUCAGCCCACAGUACCCUUGACAAACCAACUGUUACUACAGCCAGCAGUGCAAGUUCCUGCACUUCAAACACAACCCGUUAACCCGACGUAUGUCAUGCCUUCGCAAAUGGAAGGACAGUUCCUUUUAGGUAACCAGCAGCCCGAUGCCCGAUCUUUGUACCAGCUUCAAUCACAGCAACAGCUAGAAGUUCCUCAAGUCCCCAUUUCACCGAUGACAGAGAAACAGCCAAUAAUAGUUCCAGCUCAAAUGCAGAUGUCACCAGAACUUACGACUGGAGGCCAACGAGAAAUGGAACCUGCGAGUAACUGGGUAGAUGAAGAUGGACGUCAGAGAAGUGAGGUAUUAGAUCGUCAAAGAAACAGACAGAAAGAAGAAAGGCUUCAAGAUGAACGAGGUGAAGAGGAGGAAGAUGAGGAUGAUGAUGAGGGAAGACAUGAAGGCAGCAGAUAUUAUGAUAGAGAUGAUGAUUCACAAAGGGAUGACGACUCCCAGGAAGAUGAUGAACCACCACCCUAUUCAUUUGAACGAGGAUAUUCUCGAGGUGAUGAAGAACCUUCGGAUGAGGAGAACGAGGACGCAGAAGAACCAGAACAAGAACGCUCUGAUGAUGACGUAAAUCGUUCUCAUGACAGAAAUGAUCCAGCGACAGAGGGCGAAGAAAGCCCAGAUUCCAGAUCAACAAACGACAAUGGCAACGAUGAUCAAGAUGCGUCCCCAAGCCAGGAUAAUUUUGAUCCACAGCGCUUCCCUCAGCAGUUCCAAGCCUCAAAGCCUCAACUAAUGCAAAGGUUUAAUGCAGCAAACCGUCCGUUUUAUUAUCCUAACGUCCCAGGUUUACCAAAUCAAAUAGAUGCUCAAACGUUCGCGAGAUACCAAUUGACCUCGCCUUUUUCAGCCCUGAAAGAACAUAUUUUGCCUCAGCCCCAACAGCCAACUUCUCAUCCAAAAAUAGUUGGAAAUCCAAAUUUUCAAAUAUCAGAAAUGACCUCCUCGGAAGCUGAAUUUUUGGAAAAUAAGGCUACAUUGGAACCCAACUUUACACCUCCUAUUGCGUCAAAAGAUACAAUUCCUCGUAAAUCUCAAAAGUUUCGCUUUGGGUUGGGAAACGUUCUUAUACGCUUAAAUGGAAAGCCAUUAGAAGAUUCAUCUCAGUUAAGAAGCAAGAUAAUAAAUGGACAAAUUAUUCAGGGAAAAGGAAAGCUUAUCAAAUCCAAGGGCCCAGUACGCGUAAAGCUCUCGCACACUAAAGAUGCAAAGCAUCUUAAAAUAAUUGAUAUCAUAGCACCUAAGCAGUUUCAUGUAUAUGAUACUAAAAGUAAAAUAGGAAGGCCAGCAAACGCCUCAUUUGUAGGGAUCAAAACGAGCACAAAAAAGAAGGGUCCAUCCUUUGCUAACAGACUGCAAAAUGCGAGUAAUAACGUGACAUAA